AUGGCAUCUUAUCAACAACAAGAAAUGGCUCGAGGUCGCAAGCGUCGCAAUUCUGAAGAUGAAGAGAUGGCAGAUGCUUCAGCGAUCAAGCCCACAGCUGCAGCAGCACCUCGCCGUUCCUUCAAGUGCGUGAAACUCUCAGAGAACAGCAAAAGAAAUCCCAAGAGAUCUACCAGAGGGGCUCUGCUAGACACAUUGGAGAAGGAUGCAUUAAUUAAUAUUAUCAAUUCGUUGUUGACGACACAGCCUCAAGUUCGACAAGAUAUCAUCAACAAUAUUCCUGCACCCACCAUUUUAUCCACAAUGAAUGUCUUGAUUGAUAUGGAACGCAAGUUUCAUAAUAGUUUUCCAUUCAACAAGAACGGACCUGGAAGAGACGACUACACAUUUUCCAGAGUGCGAGAUGGAUUAUCCGAUCUGAUUGACACUAUCACUCAAUAUGCCAAUCACUUUACAUCUGCCCAAGUGUUUCCAACUACUUGCUUCGCCUUUCUUGAUCAUGCAACUCAAAUGGCGCAUCGGUUGCCAACAUGGGACAAUGAAGAUAACAACAAAUUGAAAAGAGACCUAUAUCAAGAUUUAAAUGAUUUCUGGAAGCUUGCUAUCCAAACCACAUCUUCAAACUUACGUCAAGGAGAAUGCUAUAGCUCUGAGUCUGUUAGUGAUUGGGCUAGAAGUCUUGCUCAACACAAUAGCUUCACGCACGGCUAUUUCACUGAAGCAGUACAUGAUUUCACUCGACACUUGGGAUACAUGAUUGGAUUGCCUGCUGCAAGCAAUGAAAUGGCAGAGGCCGCCAAUGUAGCAUCAGCAACGCCCAUCUGUCAUCUUGCCCCAUUAGAAUCUACCUUGACUUCUGCUUCUGUUGUUGGCGCCAGAAGAUAA